AUGCCGAAAGUUAAAGCUGAGAAGAAGAGCAGGAAGCACCAAGAGGUUAAAAACCAAGGCAUAAUGUUCAACACGGGAAUUGGCCAGCACAUUUUGAAGAAUCCUCUUGUUGUCAAUAGCAUCAUUGAGAAGGCUGCACUGAGGCCAACAGAUGUUGUUUUGGAGGUGGGACCUGGAACUGGUAACAUGACAGUUAAACUUUUAGAAAAAUCUAAAAAGGUGGUGGCUUGCGAGUUGGAUGGCCGAUUGGUGGCUGAACUCCAGAAACGAGUACAAUGCACACCCAUGCAGACCAAACUUCAGAUAGUAGUUGGGGAUGUUUUAAAAACAGACCUACCGUUCUUUGAUGUGUGUGUGGCCAAUUUACCAUAUCAGAUUUCAUCACCAUUUGUUUUCAAAUUGCUGCUUCACCGACCUUUCUUCAGGUGUGCCGUGUUAAUGUUCCAGAGAGAGUUUGCAAUGCGUCUGGUGGCCCAGCCUGGUGACAAACUCUACUGCCGGCUGUCCAUUAACACUCAGCUGCUGGCUCGUGUUGAUCAUCUCAUGAAAGUAGGGAAGAAUAAUUUCCGUCCUCCGCCAAAAGUGGAGUCCAGUGUUGUUAGAAUAGAGCCCAAAAAUCCUCCUCCUCCAAUUAACUUCCAGGAGUGGGAUGGUCUGGUCAGAAUAGCAUUCAUAAGAAAGAAUAAAACCCUCAGCGCUGCAUUCAAGUCAGCGGCUGUGGAGCAGCUUCUGGAGAAAAACUACAGAAUUCACUGCUCAGUACAUAAUGUGCAAAUAUCAACAGAUUUUAGCAUCACCAAGAAAAUAGAAAGCAUCUUACAAGAGGCAAAAUUCAGUGAAAAGAGAGCUCGGACAAUGGACAUCGAUGACUUCAUGGUGUUGCUUCAUGCAUUCAACUCCGCGGGGAUCCACUUUUCUUAA